GGGGCGGAAAAGAACACAGAGAUGGCGUCUGCAAUAGCUAUAGCACAUUUUUGUCCAGGAAGAGGCUUAACUCUUUCUUGCUACAAAAGAAAUCGUUUCCACCUUCAUCAUCUUCGUUUUUCUUCUACUUCUCUCUCCCAUGCUGUCUUCUCCAGAGGUUACUUGUCAACUGAGAUGUUUACAAGGCCAAAAGUUCACCCCAUUAUUUGCAUGGCCAAAAGAUACGCACCAAACACCACAAAGAGAAAGAGAUUGAGUAGAAAGAGGGGAGGUGACCCUGACAAGAAGAGACACAGGAGAAGGAAGGGGUCCAAGAAGAAGCUUUUCAAGAUCAUCAGGCUUGUCUCAGCAGCUGGGACUGGAUUCUUCUAUGCCAAGAAGAAGAGCAGGAGGAUUCACAAGAUUGACCUCAAGAAAUAUGAUCCAAAGGUGAAGCUCCAUGUCCUCUUCACAGAAGCCAAAUGAUAUGUAACAUGCCACUUUUGCCUUUGGGCUUUAAUGAUCGUAUUAGUACUAAAACAUGGCUGUUCUUCCAAUUCAUCUUGAAAAUUUUUAUUAAUUAAACUGUUCAAAUAUUAUAAAUUAAUUACGUUUGGUUUUUAGU